AUGCGGCGCCGCCGGAAGAGGCUGAGGUGCAGGAGCUGGUACAGGUGAGGUCCCCAUCCUGCUUUCGAGGUGGAAGAGUUUUGUGGUCUGCUGCUGGUGUGGUUCUUUCAUGCUCCAAAGCGGCGUGGCUUUGUGGCUUCCCACAGAUCCCUGGGGCUUGUUCUGCAGGAUUCUUCAAAGAUCUCCGGGCUCCCAGGUAUUGUGUGGGGUCUCCUUCGUGGGCCAAGGAGGGUCUUUUGGUGGGUUUCCACAGGGUCACGGUGGAGGUUUUCUGGGUCAGGGACUACAGUCUCCCACCUGCCUUUGCUGCUUGCAUGUUUGUUUUUUAAGAGGAAGGUGGGGACAUAAUCGUAACAACAAACGAAAUUAAAAAUGUUUGCCUCGGGAAUCUCUGAACGGCGUGGUUUUCCCCCCUGGAGCUUACAAGGGCGUUUCUUUCUUCGAUAUCCCGAGGAACUGUAAGCUUCUUGAUGGUGUGAGGGUUUUUUUGUGGGAGCCAGUCUGGACAAAUAAGUUUUAUGCGGUUCCCUGUUUGGGGGCGUUUGUGGAUUUGGGGAGAGGUGUGGAUCUCAGGAUACUUCCCAUUGCCCAGAGCUUGGGGUGCCUGGGCUUUCGGACACUGAUAUCUGCAUGCAAGCUCAGAGAAUGUGGUUCUGGAUGUCUUUGGCGCUUGGAGAUCAUUCUAGAUCUGUGAGACUUUGGGGUAGAUGCUACAAUGCAAGGGUGUAUUUUGGGCGGGGGAAAAACGUCCAAUGAAACCCACCAAAAUGACUGGCUGGAACAAAAUGGGGCACUUUGUGGGGGUUUGUUAAGAGAAUAGGAUUCCAGACACCAAUAGGAACUGGACGGGAAUUGGUUCUUUUUUUGGGGGGGUGCAAUGCAAUGAGGCCUAGAUUGGUGUGUUUCCAGGUGAGCAACGUCGAAACAAGCGGAAUUCUGGGUCAUAUGAGAAACUGUGCAAUUUGGAGGUGCAUGUGGGCCCUAGGUCUCAAUAUCGGGGUGAACGCUUCUUUUUUUGAGGUGUUGGUCAGAAUCCUAGGAAGGCGUGUCGCUGUUUUUCAGCUUCUGAGAGAGCGGCCUUGCCGUCCCACUCGCCAGCCCGCCACACGCCCCAGAAUCUGCAUGCGUCUUUCUUUGUGAGGAAAUCCCACGAAAACAACAAACUUCCCAUUUUAAGGGUGCUUCCGUUGUGGGAUGGGUUGUGUAGGGGUUGUGGGUUUGAGGGAGGCUCGGGGAUGGCGCUUGACUUGCGCCUUUGUGUGUACAGUUGUGCUUGGAGAAUGAAACUUGCCUUAGACGUGCCAUUAGCAGCAAUUUUGGCGGGCACUGAGAAGAUCUGAGGGUAUGUUAUGUGUCUGUUUGGUUUGGAGGCUCGGACCCAGAGGACAGGGCAUUUGUUGGGGGCUCUCCUCCGAAGCCACAGCUAAUAAUGAGAAAUCGUAAGAGUUUGAUCAAAGCAAGCCUUCAAGUCUAAUGGGUAAAUCAUAGAAUCGUAGAGUUGAGGGGCCCUUGAGAGUCAUCUAGUCCAACCCCCUGCAAUGUAGGGAUUCGCAGCUAUCCCAUUUGGGAAUCGAACCUGCAACCUUUGCGUUCUCAGCACCACACGCUAUCCAGGCUAUCUCAGCUUGCCUUGAGCAACGUCACUCAUGGCAUAGCCUACCUUGCAAGGUUGUCGGGAGGAUAAAAAUCGGCUUAGUGAACUCCUCAGAGAAGAAUGGGUGAUAAAUGGGAUUGUGAAUGUUGGGUGUGUUGUUCCAUGUAAUCUGUGGCUUUGCUGUUGUAGAACAUGGUGUGCCUGCGUGGGUUGGUGCCAUAAACAUACCCUGACGUGGGUGGCAAAUCACAGGGUUGCAUUGCUUUAUCUUGUGUUUGAAGAUCGCGUGAGCCUGUUGUCGAACCUUUACCCUUGAGGUGCUAGAUAUCCACAAGCAGGGAGAGCUCUAACUUUUCAGACUCCGCCUCCCCCUACCCAUAUUCUGACCCAUGUUCCCAGGAGAACUAUCCCUUCUUGUUUCUUCCAAAUGAGUGCAUCCGUCUUUAAUGGUCAUCAAAUCUUUUAUCUUCUUUUCUUCUGCUUUGAGUUCCUGCAUUGGAGCGGGUUGGACUAGAUGACCCCCAGGGUUCCCUUCCAACUCUCCAAUUCUAUGAUUCUGUAAGUGGAAGUUGCAGGAGUCAGGUGUUUUGGAGGGAGAGUUGCCCCCUCCUUUGGUAGGUUAUCCUGGGAAUAAAAGCCCAGUUUGCAGAGCUGAUCUCUGUUUAUUGGGGCUGGGUAGGGUUGGCACACACCCCAAAUAUUGCCAGCUUGGCCACCCAUUAUUUGACUGUGGGGGACGCGGGUGGCGCUGUGGGUUAAACCACAGAGCCUAGGACUUGCCGAUCAGAAGGUCGGCAGUUUGAAUCCCCGCGAUGGGGUGAGCUCCCGUUGCUCGGUCCCAGCUCCUGCCAACCUAGCAGUUCAAAAGCACGUCAAAGUGCAAGUAGAUAAAUAGGUACCAGUGGGAAGGUAAACGGCGUUUCCAUGCGCUGCUCUGGUUCGCCAGAAGCGGCUUAGUCAUGCUGGCCACAUGACCCGGAAGCUGUACGCCGGCUCCCUCGGCCAAUAAAGCGAGAUGAGCGCCGCAACCCCAGAGUCGGCCACGACUGGACCUAAUGGUCAGGGGCCCCUUUACCUUUACCUUUUACAGAUAUUUCAAGAAGUCCACUUGGUAGAUGGCAGCUUUUUUCCCUUCCCUGAUUUUUCUUUUAGAAUUCCUUAGAGCGUUAUUUUGUAAGCAAGGGGCAAGAGCGAGGUCUGCCUUCCUCCCUAAAGCCGCAGCAAAUCUCAGCAAAGCUUUCCCUGGUAUAUGUGAACUCACCUCCAAGUUCAGAUCGAAGACCCUUAUAGCAUAGCAUCCUCUUCUCACAGUGGCUGGUCCCUAAAUCUCAGCCUAGCCUACCUCACAGGGUUGUUGUGAAGGUGGAAAGGACAACAUAGGUCUCCCUGUGCAAAUAAAUAAAAUCAGGUGUGCUUUUAAAGACGCUAAUGGCUAUCUUGUGAAACAAGGACUUCUGGUCCCCCCCCCCCUUGUUUUGUCCGUGGCUUGUCAGACUUGUUGACUAUUGUCUUCUGCUCUUCUCAUAACAUAAAUCCAUAACAAAAAUGUUAUUUGACCGGUCACAUCCUCAUCCCUUGACCUGGGGAUAGAACUCAGAACAACAGCUUCUGUAAAUGGGAGUCCUGAGACAAUUUUCUUAUUUGUUUUCUAUAUUCCAUUGAUAUCUUGCUUUUCCUCCAAGAAGCUCAGCUUAGCAUGCGUCGUUCCUUUCCCCAAUCCUUACAACAACCUUGAGAGGUAGGCUAGGCUGACAGGCCUAAAGUCACCUAGGGAGCUCCAUUGCGGUCGAGCGAAGAUUUGAACUCGUGUCUCCUCAGUCCUCCUUGUCUAACAUGAACAACAUGACACAAGCAGGUAUCCCAUAAUAGCCCUGCCUGGAGGCCUACCUCAAAAGUGCUGCUUUACCCUGAUCUUUCAGUGCUUUUUCUGGAAAAAAAGGUGUGUGCAUGUUUGUUUGUUUGUUUGUUUGUUUGUUGUGGGCCCAGUUGAAGUGGCCCCCCGCCCCUGGGCAGCGGCUAGAUGCAAGAUGUGAUUAAUAAACUCAAGCGAACAAAGAUCUGGAUUUGAAAUAGCUACGAUUUUAUGGGUUACAGAUAGAGGUGGAUUUUUGGCUCACCCUGACAAAAAAAAAAAGUACUGUAUUUUUCCAUGUAUAAGACUAGGUUUUUCCCCCUUAAAAAAUAAUGUCAAAAAUUAGGGAGCAUCUUAUACACGCCUACGCCUCCACCCAUUUUCUUAAAUCUGAGUCCCCCAAAAUAGGGGGCGUCCUAUAGACAGAAAAAUUAGGCAAUUUUUUAAUUUUAAAAAAGGUAAGGGAGCUCAGUUCUCUUGCUCAAAAAAGCACACCCAAACCCCUGACCUUCCUUCCUUUGCCUGCAGGUCCACCACAGAAAUCCGGAAGGAGAAAUCGAGGGACGCGGCGCGAUGCCGCCGCAGCAAGGAGACGGAGGUUUUCUACCAGCUGGCGCACACCCUGCCCUUCGCCCGGGGGGUCAGUGCCCACUUGGACAAGGCCUCCAUCAUGCGGCUGACCAUCAGUUACCUGCGGAUGCACAAGCUACUGAAUUCAGGUGAGGGCUGCCACGUUCUCUCGGGGUUCCCCUCUUCCUUGCACCACCCCCCAAUGCCCCAAUCCUGCUCUGCUGGCAGUCCUGAGCCCCCCGGCUCCUUGAGGGGGUUCUGGAUCAUGCUAUGUGCCAUCUCAGUGCGCUGUGUUCUGCCUGGCAGACGCCUCAAUGCUGGGACUCGACAUCUGAGCCGCAGCCGAGCAAAUGCUAGCUAGAACCCCAAACAUGUGGGGGAAAGUGGUAGGCGGGAGAUCAAAAGCGUUGCCACCUGCCCCUUAGAGCCUCCUCCACAUUUAUGUUAUCGCCCCCCAUGGACCCCGUUGCUAAGCGAGUUCUAGAAUCUCCUCCUCCUUUCCGCUCCCACUGGUAGACCCGUGUAGCGGCUGCCGCAGAGGGAUGCUCAGUUGAGAGGCAUUGUCCGAUGGGGAGGAGCGCUUGCCCGCCGAUGCCCGACAAAAGGACGGCUGUUGGACCAAACCGGCAGCAGCCUUGAACCCGAGACUCCCUGCCUUCCUUUGAAGCUCAAAAAAAGCAAGUUUCUAGUCCUGUUUGUGGCAGCUUGGAAAUGCGACGGGCAGUUCUGAUCUCGGGACUUGGGUGUCACUGAGGCAGAAGCCUGGGCUAGCUCUGGUGGUGGUUUUGAAAUUGGGGAGUGGGGCAAGGAUGCCUAGUGGUCUGGCUGUCUGAAAGCAAUGAGGUCCAGCUCCGAGGGCCUUCUGGUGGUCCCCUUAGUGCAAGAAGCGAUGUUACAGAGAACCAGGCUUGAGGGCCUUCUUGGUAGUGGCGCCAUCCCAUCAGAUGUCAAGGAAAUAAAUAAUUAUUUGACCUUCUGUAGACAUCUACCCUAUAUCAGGAAGCUAUUAAUGUGUGAUGUUCUGUUGUGUUUUUGUAUAUUCUGUUGGAAGCUGCCCAGAGUGGCGAGGGCAACCUAGUCAGAUGGGCAGGGUGCAAAAAUAUUAUGAUUAUUAAAAUUUGUGUACCACCCUUCAUUCAUAGAUCUCAGGGUGAUUCGCAAAAUUAAAAUACAAGAUAAAAGAAUACAAAGUACAUAAUAAAAACAAGGACAAAACGAAACAAUAACCUCCCCCCCGCUUCCUUCAAACACAUUUAAAAGGUUUAGGAUAUUAAUCAGCCAAAGGCUUGGUUGAAGAGAGCAUGCCACAAAUAGGGAGCCACCACCAAAAAGGCCCUGUUUUCAUGUUGCUACCCUCUGGACCUCUCGUGGGGGAGGGACAUGAGUAAGGACCUUCAAUAAUGAUCUCAGGGUCUCAGGUAGGUUCAUAUGGAAAGAGGUCUUUGAGGUAUUGCGCUCCUAAGUCGUUUAAGGCUUUAUAGGCCAAAAACAACACUUUAAAUUGGGCCCAGAAACUAAUUGGCAGCUGGUGCAGUCAGGCCAGGAUCGGUGUAAUAUGCUCAAACUGCCUUGCCCCCGUGAGCAACCUGCACCAGCUCAAGUUUCCGAACCGUCUUCAGAGGCAGCCCUACGUACAUUGCAGUAAUCUAAACUAGAGGUUACCAGAGCAUAGAAGCCAGGCUUUCCCUGUCCAAAAGCAUCCUAGUGGCUGGGCUGUGUGGAGCUGCGAUUAUCCAUUUUUGUUAUCUGUACUAAAUUCCACGAUUCCUAAGUUGCAAGCUGACCCCCUGCCCUUUGCUGCUUGAAGGGCUUUUUGCCAGCUUCCUGAUAGUAAGGUAAAAAGGUAACGGGACCCCUGACCAUUAGGUCCAGUCAUGACCAACUCUGGGGUUACGGCGCUCAUCUCGCUUUAUUGGCCGAGGGAGCCAGCGUACAGCUUCCGGGUCAGGUGGCCAGCAUGACUAAGCCGCUUCUGACGAACCAGAGCAGCACACGGAAACGCCGUUUACCUUCCCGCCGGAGUGGUACCUAUUUAUCUACUUGCACUUUGACGUGCUUUUGAAUUGCUAGGUUGGCAGGAGCAGGGACCCAGCAAUGGGAGCUCACCCCGUCGCGGGGAUUCAAACUGCCGACCUUCUGAUCAGCAAGUCCUAGGCUCUGUGGUUUAACCCACAGCGCCACCCACAUCCCUUGAUAGUAAGGGAGCUACAGGUAUUUCCUGGAGGCAAACAUACAUCUGUCCAGGUGUUUAUAACUUCAGGGCUGAAUUAUUACCGUGAGUUCUGGGUGGACUGCUGAGACGGCUUCCCUUGGCUGCCAGUGUGCCCGCGGCCCAACAAUUUUGGUACUUGUAUACAAGGUGCUAGACAACUCCGGGAUUGUGUUACUUGAAAGAUCUUCUUGUUCCCUAGAUACCUGUUCAGGUUGUGUACUCAUUGGCAGGUGGUGUGAUAGCUGCUGAAGAUACCUGAGCCCUGCCCUGUGACAUCCUAGCAUUGCAUCCCCUUUUUUCAUGGAGUCCUCUCCCUGUACAAAUUAGACAGGCGCCAACUGUACUGGCCUUUCAGCAUCCAUUGAAAGCCUUUUAAAUUGACAACUCUUCCCUGACUGGUGAUCUCAGCUGUGGCUUUCGUCAAUUUCUGGGUGUUAAAAUAUGUACUGUGCCUACUGUGUCAUGUUUCCUGAAGGAUUUUGCUUUGAAAGUUUUGGAUGUAAAGCAAUAUCGGCCCCAUUCAAACCAUACAUUUAAAGCGUUUUGAUUCCACUUUAAACAGUCAUCGCUUCCCCCAAAGAAUCCUGGGAGCUGUAGUUUAUUAAGGGCACUCAGAGUUGUUGGAAGACCUCACUGUUGCCAUCUUAGAGCUACAAUUCCCUGAAAAGAGGGAUUGAUUGUUAUGCUGUUCUAGCUCCGGGAGUGCAGUGUGUGUAUGUGUAUUUCUAUUAAUGUAAAAUCCAAAAACCAUAAUCAAAUGUACAAAACAAAGAAGCAGUACAUAGACUGUAUUGUCAAAAAAAAUAAAAAUCGCUUAUUAAAUUGAUGUACCUCCUUUCAUCACAGGAUAUCAGGGUGGUUCACAGAAUGAAUAAAUAAAUAGGGAGCAGAUAAUGUUGAAAAAUGAAAGCAUCCAAACACAUAGAGGAACCAAAUUUCACAUUCGGAUGAGGGAAGAAAGUUCUGCAUAUCGAAAUUUGACAUGUAAGAAAUGUUCUGGGUUUUGAGAGUUAUUUUCUCUGCAGUAGCCAAAGACCACAUAAUGUUGUACCACAGCCAGAGGUUUAAAGUUCAUAGCGUCUUCCAUUUCUGGGCCCAAGGAGUUCUCAAUGAAGCCUAGGCUCAUUGUAAGACGUUCCUUAGGUCAGAAAGCUGCAGUUUGAUCACUCCACAAGUUCCAGAGAGCGAGUGGCAAGGAGAUUUGAAAGCGGCAUUCUCAGCAGGAGCCUUGAACUUCCAGAUUGGUUGUUUCCAACAAGGUGUUGUGUGUAUGUGCCAUCUAGGCUGCCCCAGAGUUGAGGGUCCUGUCGCUGUGCCAUGGCACGUACCUGCGUGAGCUUUGCCCUGAAGCAACUCUUUUUCUGCUUCCUUUAAAACCAGGAGAAUGGAGAGAUGAGGUGGAGGCAGAGGAACAGGUGGACGCGUAUUACCUGAAGGCUCUGGAUGGCUUCCUCAUGGUCCUGACCGAGGAAGGGGACAUGAUCUACCUCUCCGAGAACGUCAACAAGCACCUGGGCCUCAGUCAGGUGAGGCGCUGCCACCUGGCCAGGACCAGAGGACACCUGUGCAGGUUGAUGAGGUGGGGGACCUACGAAAGUCAGGGGGAUGCUGUUCUGCAGUUCCACAAAACUGGCAGGAAGUAUUUUGCCUGGACAGGUUAACCAGGGCGGGGAACCUUUCUUAGCUUGAAGGCUGGAUUCCCUUCCAAGGGCCACAUGCCAAAAAUGUGUGGGGCCAGGUGGGAAAUGGGGCAGGGCAGUGGGUGUGACUCCUACCUUUGUGUAGUUGGUUAUGUUCCCAGUCACAUCUUUCUGUCCUGGCCUCUUUUGGUGGUGGGAGAUGAACCGGCUCUGAUUCUCCUGCUGCCAAGAACUUCCUUGAGGAUAAUUUUAUUUCGGGCACUGGGGAGGGGAAGGGACGUCUUGUGUGGCUCUGGGGGCAGCUGAACUUAAACCACACACAAACACAUUCAUUUGCCACAAGCGGGUUCCCAGCAACUCUCUGCAGAAAGAGAGACUGGUGGUUGGUUCGCAUCUGUCUGUCUUGGGACACAAACACAUUCAUCAUUCAUUUGGCACAAGCGCGUUCUCAGCAACUCUUCAGAAAGAGACUUGUGGUUGGUUCACAUUCGUCUGUCUUGGGAGACAGAGGAAGAGUGCGGUUUUGGGGGAGAAGCCAAACUAUUGGAGAAUUACAGCACCUGCUGUGGCUGUAGAGACCAAUACGUGAGAGACAUGUUUUGUUGCAGCCGGGGCAGACGAAGGCGUCCGGUUGUGCUGCUGCCUAUGUAUAAUAGCAUUUCUUCAUUCUGCGCUCUCUCCCAGCGGUCAUUCCUCCUCUGGCCACUGCUAUGGAUGCACGACCUGACGGUCUGUCUCCAGGUCCUGCGGUCGUCUGCAAGGGAUUCCCACACGCCAGGGUUGAUGUUGCCAGCCUUUGCGUCAUGUUUGCAGACAUAACACAGAGUUCAGGCCUGGUGCCUGAAGCCAGCUCCCCAUAGAUCACGCCCUCUCUAAUGGGGGACUUGGCAAUUUGUUUUUACUCUGGACAUUUCUGCCAUGGGCAGCAUAGGAACUUAAGAUGGGCCCUGCUGGAUUCAGCCAAAGUCCAGCAUCCUCUUCUUCCAGUGGCCAACCAGUGGGGAAAUCACCAGGAGGACACGAGCACAACAGCGCUCUUCCUUGCUUGUGAUUCCUGGCAGCUGGCGUACAGAGGUUUACUGCUUCUGGCAACCAUGAUCUGUAAUAGGAAGAUGGCAAACUCCCCUGUUACUUUCAGGGUGAGGAGGUCAUCCCAAGAUUUUGCUUCCAGGCAGCUGCUUCCUAACCAAGACCCUGAGGGCAAAGGGGUAUGGGUGGGCCUGACCAGGAAGACAGCAGCCCAGAAUAUUAACAGGGCAGCCCGAUGAAGAUCAGUGUUUGGGGCGAGAGCCUGUGACCUUUUGAAAGAGAGUGUUCAUUGUGGAAGUGGUUGCUAUGCACUUUGAAAUUACUUGUGCAACUUGGCAGUCCGGAAACAAAGGCUUUAUAUUGUCUUUAUUUUGUGUGCACUGGAAAAUUAAGGACAACACUUUUCUUUCAUGCUUGCUGAAUCGCAGUCAGUGUUGGCAUUCCUCUGGGUAUUUUCUAAGGCGGAAAAAAAAUCCCCUGUGGCAGAUUGAUUGCUGAAUGGAUUGUUUUAUUUUACUGGAGUAGUUACAGCGUGAUGAUGCCUUUGACGUUUCACUCAGCCCUGUGAUUUUGGGAGUGGAGUCUUGCCCUCAGGAAAGGGUUGCUAGAAAAUAACAUUUUCCAGUUUUCACUUCCAAAAUCUUGUUUUUCUUCUUAAUCCUGAGAGAGAAUUAUUACAUUUUCUCCAAAAUAUAUUUUCAAAUCAUGCUGGGUUUUUUCCCCCUCUUUAACUUUCCUCUUUUUGGAAACGGAAUGCACUCAGGUUGCUGAAAACCAAGCUGAACCAAUGCGUUUCUUUAUCCCCAAGCAACCAGAAUUCUUGACAUGGGCAAAAUUCGCUUUCCCCUCUGACGGUGCUGGUUGUACUGAGGCCGGUGGUUUUCUCCUGCUAAGCGCCUGCUCUGAAACGGCUGCAGAAGUUUUUGCUCGAGACUCGGAAGCAACCUAAAAGCAAAACAGAGGCGUUCGGGAAAAUGUGCCCUUCGCGAUAUGUGAUGCGGCUUUAUUGAAUUUCUGGCGUACGUGGGAGAGUGAAAGGGAACGCAGGAAGGAGGUGGGAUUUCUGAUUGGCUGGCUCCAGAGAGCCCAGACCAACUGGCUGCUUUCUAGCAGAUCUCGGCUCCUUUGUAUGCGCUUCUAGCAUAUGGUGUCCCGCUAGGCUUAGCGGAGGCAGUGUGCUGGCUCCAACCUCCCCCCACCCCGUGCGUUGCUUUCUGAUGUCCCCAAUUCUCUUUCCUUCCGCUAGCUGGAGCUCAUUGGUCACAGCGUCUUUGACUUCAUUCAUCCCUGUGAUCAAGAAGAACUGCAAGAUGUAUUGAGCCCAAGGCAAGGUGAGUGCUUCUCCCCCGUCCUCUCCCAUGCAUGCCCAUUUGGGCCUUGAGAAAUGUUCCUCCCCAUGACCCACACACAAACAGAGCGUCUUUAUCUCACAGACUCCUCGUGAUGUGCUAAUAGCAGACGUGGACCCCCCCCAUCUGCACUGUGCGUUUGAAGCAGGAACAUUGCCGCUUUAAGCAAUCGUGGCUUCCCCCAAAGGAUUCUGGGAAGUGUGGUUUGUUAAGGGGAGGGGGCUGAGAGCUAUUUGGGGGCUCCUUCCAGAGCUACAAUUGGCUUAACAGUCAACCCCUCUUCCCAGGGAACUAUGGGAACUGUAAUUCCCGGAGGAGAAUUAAGAGUCUCCUAAUGAUUCUCAAGUGGGACGCAGGUGAUACUGUGGGUUAAACCACAGAGCCUAGAGAUGUAUUAAUACAAUGAAUGUAUUGGAAUGUAUGUUUGAUGAAAACUAAUAAAAAUUUAAGUUGGAAAACAAAAAAAAAACCACUGAGCCUAGGGCUUGCCGAUCAGAAGGUCGGCAGUUCGAAUCCCCAUGACGGGGUGAGCUCCUGUUGUUCAGUCCCUGCUCCUGCCAACCUAGCACUUCGAAAUCACAUCAAAGUGCAAGUAGAUAAAUAGGUACCGCUCCAGCGGGAAGGUAAACGGCGUUUCUGUGCGCUGCUCUGCUUCUCCAGAAGCGGCUUAGUCAUGCUGGCCACAUGACCCGGAAGCUGUACGCCGGCACCCUCGGCCAAUAAAGCGAGAUGAGUGCCGCAACCCCAGAGUCGGCCACGACUGGACCCAAUGGUCAGGGGUCCCUUUACCUUUACCUUUAAUGAUUCUCAGCACCCAAAACAAACUACAACUCCCAGGGUUCUUGGGGAGAAGCCAUGUCUGUUUAAAGUGGUAGCACAGGACUUUAAAAAUGUAUGUUGUAGAGGUGGCCUUAUUCUCCCACUGUCAUGAAAACAACCAGGGAGGUGUCUGCAGACUCGCAGGAGUAACAGAAGUACAAAAACGUGUGUGUGUGCGUUUUGUUUUUUUUUAGAAAUGGGGGGAGGGUGAACUUUAAUAGAGUUGGGGAAGCCUGAAAAAUUGUUCGGUGCUCAUGCUCGCUGUGGGCCUGGAAUGUGUGGCUUUUGGUGGGGAGAAACAGCAAAAAAUAGGGUGGAAUGCAAUGGAACGGAAUAUGCCCACAAGGGCCCUAUCAGGUGGCUCAGGUUGAGAGAUUGCAACUUGCCCGAGGUCACCCACCAGCUUGGGGCAGUGUAUGCUGCUCCCUCCCUCCCUAUGCUAUCUUCAAAACAGCCCUGUGAGGUAGGCUAGGCUGAGAUUGAGUGACCAGACCGAGGCCACCCAUUGAGCUUUGUGGCUGAGGGGUGGGAUUUGAACCCGCUUCCCCCAGGUCCUAGUCUGGCGCACGGCACUGCGCUCCUUACAUUUUCUUAUAAUUAAAAUGUGCGUCCAGAACUUGAUUUCCCCUUCUCCGCUUCCUGCCACAGAAGAAGCACGUUCUCCUCCCUCCCCGGACUCCCAACUCCUGCUCCCUCCCUGCACCAGCCUUUGGACUAGUGCCCCCCAGAUCUUGACAGGCUUUUCCAUCUCUAAUCCCCCCCCAGGUUUCUCAAAGAAGAAGGAGGUGAAGACAGAACGCAGCUUCUCCCUGCGCAUGAAGAGCACCCUCACCACCAGGGGGCGCACCGUCAACCUCAAGUCCGCCACCUGGAAAGUGAGCGAAUGCGUCUUAAGAGGGUGUGCAUGGAACCAAAUGGGUUUUGUGUUGGGAGUAUGGGGGAAAGAGGGCUCUUUUCCCAAAGUGGGGCAAUACCGCCCCACUGGGGGGCGGUGGAACAAUCCAGAGGGGCGGUAGUCGCCUCGGUUGCAAGGCGGGGGGGGGAGGGAGGGAAGGAGCGUUGAAUAAAAAUAAUAGGGGCAGUAGAGAAACAUACAUGCAUAAAAGAAAACAAAUUUGUCCCUGCAUCUUUCUGUUUGUUUUCUUAAAGAAGGUAGCUUUCCAGGGGGACACAGAGUAAUUGGUUGUUGUUUUUUUCCUGAAAAGGGUUCAAAUAAAGAGGGAUGCGGGUGGCGCUGUGGGUUAAACCACAGAGCCUAGGGCUUGCCGAUCAGAAGGUCGGCGGUUCAAAUCCCCGCGAUGGGGUGAGCUCCCGUUGCUCGGUCCCUGCUCCUCCAACCUAGCAGUUUGAAAGCACGUCAAAGUGCAAGUAGAUAAAUAGGUACCGCUCUGCCGGGAAGGUAAACGGCGUUUCCGUGCGCUGCUCUGGUUUGCCAGAAGUGGCUUAGUCAUGCUGGCCACAUGAUCCGGAAGCUGUACGCCGGCUCCCUCGGCCAAUAAAGCGAGAUGAGUGCCGCAACCCCGGAGUCAUCUGCGACUGGACCUAAUGGUCAGGGGUGCCUUUACCCUUUACCUUUAGUGCAAAUAAGUUUGGGAAUCUGCUCUAGAGCAAAGUGCCACUCUGGAGAAAGGAAGGCCUCACUGUGGCAACGGCACUGAGGGCAUCAUUAUAGAAAUGAGGGGGCUGAAAACCAUGGCUUGGUCCAGCACCAAGACGGCACAAAACGAUGAUGAUGAUGAUACCUAUAUUUAUAUAUUUUGGUGGGAUUGUACAUAUGACUGCUAUCUUUCUCGAGUGAGUGUGUGUGUGUGUGUAUAUACAGUGGUACCUUGGGAGUCGAACGGCUUGGCUCCCAAAUGGCACAAACCCAGAAGUGAGUGUUCCAGUUUGCGAACAUUUUUCGGAAGCCAAAUAUAUUCCGCGGCUUCCAAUUGAGGGCAGGAAGCUCCUGCAGCCAAUCGGAAGCCGCACCUUGGUUUUCAAACCAUUCCGGGAAUUGAACGGACUCCGGGAACAGAUUAAAUUCGAGAACCAAGGUACCACUGUAUAUUCUUUUUCCCAUCACUGUUAAGGUGGGAUAGACACAUCCUACAGAUGCGCAACGGGUGGUUUUGUAUUUGCAACUCGUUACCUGAAAAUUAGGGACGCGCGUAGCUCUGUGGGUUAAACCACAGAGCCUAGGACUUGCCGGUUAGAAGGUGGGCGGUUCAAAUCCCCGCGACGGGGGUGAGCUCCCGUUGCUGGGUCCCUGCUCCUGCCAACCUAGCAGUUCGAAAGCAUGUCAAAGAGCAAGUAGAUAAAUAGGUACCACUCCGGCGGGAAGGUAAACGGUGUUUCCGUGCACUGCUCUGGUUCUCCAGAAGCGGCGUAGUCAUGCUAGCCACAUGACCUGGAAGCUGUAAGCCAGCUGCCUCGGCCAGUAAAGCGAGAUGAGCGCCGCAACCCCAGAGUCGGCCACGACUGGACCUAGUGGUCAGGGGUCCCUUUACGUUUACAUCUGAAAAUUAAAGUCUUAAAAACCCAAGUAGCAUGAAUGAAAACGUAAGGAUGUUUCUGAGAGGCAGCGCCAUCUUAGAACACCUUCUGGAGCGGGGUCUGUGAAUGAAUUGGUGGGUUGGAACUGCCCCAGUUCUUCUUCUCUCGCAGGUGCUCCAUUGCUCCGGCCAUAUGCGGUCCUAUGCGCCCGCCAAGCCAGCAGGGGGGAAGGAGGCAGAAGGCGGCUUCGUGGAGCCCCCUUUGCGGUGUUUGGUGCUGAUCUGCGAGGCCAUCCCACACCCCGCUAACAUCGAGACCCCGCUGGACAGCGGCACCUUCCUCAGCCGCCACACCAUGGACAUGAAGUUUACCUAUUGCGACGACAGGUGAGCAUGAGGCACAGAGGGCUGGGAAAUUGAGCUGGGUGGGGCUGAUGGGAGUUGCUAUUUGAAACGGCCGUGCUGGCUGGCGCUCGCGGGGCUAGCAGAGCAACUGGGGUGAAGCAUACGGACCAGAGAGAAAGGAAACUUCUAAUACUUCACCCAACGGCAAACGGAACAAGAACACUAUAUAACUUGAGGAGGAUUGUAUUUACAGGCCAUGUUGAGGGCCGGGGGACAUGUUCAGCCACGCUUUCUGAGGUAAACUUCCUUCAGAAUGGCUUUCCCCUCCAACUCCUCCAACGGUCAAAUCUGAAUGGUCUUCCUCACUGACAGCGAAUUUCCAGCUGACUCCAGACAGUCAGUCUGCAGUCAGCUGGACAAACACAGUGGUACCUCUGGUUGCGAACGGGAUCCGUUCCGGAGGACCGUUCGCAACACGAAAGGAACGCAACCUGCAGCGGUGCGUCUACGCACGCGUGGGUUGCGAUUUGCAGCUUCUGUGCACGCGCGUGGUGCCAUUUUUGUGCAUCUGCGCAUGCGCGAGCGGCGAAACCUGGAAGUAAUCCUUUCUGGUACUUCCGGGUUGCCGCGGGACGCAACCUGAAAAGACGUAACACGAAGCAAGCGUAACAUGAGGUAUGACUGUAGCAGAAUUAACUCAGGGUCCUCAACGUUGAACUGAUGGGAGUUGUUGUCCAUAGCAUUUGGAAGAAAACCAGGCUGACAAAGACCAGGAUCAGGCCAUGAGCUGAGGCGGUCCGUUGGAGGCAGUUGGUGGGCAGCCUGGGGAUCCCAUGUUCCGGCACUUUCCGGGAACGGGCAAUGCAGUACCCACCUCCUGCUUGAGAAUUAGGAGCUCUUUUGUGGCUCCGCUGGGUGUCUCUCCCACCCUACUUUGCCCUGGCAGUUUUUGAGGACUCCCCACCCCCAAAGUUACAGGAGGAAGUGAUGGACGAGAGGGAGAUAUUGGCGGUGACAGGACUUCUCUGACAUCAGGGGGGAUUUUUCUGCCGUCUUGCCUUGAGGGCAGUGAUGCAAGAAGCAUGAGGGACAUCCAGAGCCCAUAGUGGCUCCUGUAGUCAUGAUCUUACGCAAAAACCGCUUUGCAAAUUCUGUCUGAAAAGCGGUAUAUAAAUACUGGAAACAAAUAAAAUAAAAUAAAAUAAAAUAAAAUAAAAUAAAAUAAAAUAAGGGAGUUGGUUUUGGGUAUCUGAGCCCCUUGGCCAUUGAUGUGGCAGUUCUGUAAAGGUACAUGUGAACUGGAACAGUUUCCUCCACCCUUGGGUAGAGAUCUUCCAUUCUGCCUCUCUCACGUGACAUCUCCCCGGGCAGGAUUGCAGAGGUGGCUGGUUACACGCCUGAAGACUUGCUGGGCUGCUCCAUUUACGAGUAUAUCCACGCCCUGGACUCUGAUUCUGUCAGCAAGAGCAUCAACACCCGUAAGUUACACCUUCCCUGAGUGUCACACACACACGGAGCGGGAUCCUGAUCUGGGGAAAACCGUUCCCUGCAGCAAAAAUGGAAAAGAGAAGAACUUUGACUGCAUUUGCGUGCCAUACUGUAAAGAGUCAUGGCUUCUCCCAGAGAAUUCUGGGAGAUGAGAGUUGUGAGGAGGCCCCUCUGAUCCCAGAGCUACAGUUCGCUGAGUGAUUUAACAAUCCAUCCUUCUGCCCAGGGAAUUAUGGGAACUGUAGUUCCGGGAGAGCAAUGGGGUGUCCUAACAACUGUCGGCAUUUUUAAGCAACCACAGCUCCCAGAAUCCUUUGGGGGAAACCAUGGCUGUUUAAAGUGGUAUCACUGCACUUUAAAUGUAUGCAGAUGUGGCCUUCCUCCAGUUUGCUUUAUUGCGGCCUUGGUGCAGGGUCCAGAAUGUAGUAUCAGGAAUCAAAGCUUACCACCUUGCUCGCCAUGGCUCUCACUUCUCCUAAACUAAGUUUCUAGUCCUUAAACUUGAAGAGGUGUUGGGUAGAACCUCAGAAUACAGAGAUGGCUGGGGACUGCUUGCUCUGCCUUAUUCUCUGCCUGUUUGUCUGUGGCUGGUGGAAGCAGGGUAAACGAAAGGCCAAAUGAUCAGAUAAAUACUAACUUCAUUUGCAUGAUUCAUGCAAGCUGGUGGAUUCAGCUUUUUUUUGGUGCAGAAUGUGUAUUUUUUACACACAUUUAAGCACACGCAAUAUGGAACCAAACAGGACAACUGCUGUGUCCUGGGCCGGUUCCUUCUGUUAAUCAGGCAUCGUAAUACAGAGAAGCCGAUUUCUUUGCAACGUUGCCUGUCUCUAUUUUAAAAAGCAAGUUCCUAGUCCUCAUUAUUUCAAAGGCAAGAACUGGGAAACCGAAAUCAACAGAGUUGGCUGGUGCCUUCCUCGUGGCUCCCAGUUUUCCUUGCUUCCCCACGUGCGCUGUCAUUCAACGUCCCUGUCGCUGUACAUUUCCCCCCAAAAUUCCCCAUAAAUUCCUCAGUUUCCUUUCUUUCCCUUGUUGCUGGCACUGAAUGUAGAGUGGAUUCUGAGGUGGUUGAGCCAACAUGAAAUGAUGGUUCUGGCAGAGUGGACCGUUCAUGUGCAGUGCUUUCAACAAGCCACAGACAAGGCAUGGCGAGAACUCCUGUGGGGUCCCUUCGAAAGGGGGUGACUUAGUAAGGGAGCAGUGGACACAAUCUCUCCAAUUUCUGCUGCAGAUAAGAGCAGGUCUUUGCCAACCUGGUGCUUCCCCAGUUUUUUUGGAUUACAGCUCCCAUGAGCUCCAGAAAACAUGUUCCUGCUGGCUGGGGCUCAUCUGAGUUGUCGCCUGACACGACCAAGCUGGCUGAGGCUCAUGGGAGUUGUAGUCCCCGCUGGCUGGAGCUGGUCAGAAUUGUAGGCCACAUUCACACUAAGCAGUCCUGGCUUGCCGCAAGGAAUUUUGGGACCUGCAGUUUGUUAAGUGUGCUGAGAAUUGUUUUGAGACCCCGGUAUCCCUCCCAGAGCUGAAAUUCUCAGCUUCAAGAGGGGUUGAUUGCUAAACCACCCUGGGAACUGUAGUUCUGUGAGGGGAAUAGGGCUCCUCCAAACACCCAGGUGGCGCUGUGGGUAAAACCUCAGCACCUAGGACUUGCCGAUCGCAUGGUUGGCGGUUCGAAUCCCCACGGCGGGGUGCGCUCCCGUCGUUCGGUCCCAGCGCCUGCCAACCUAGCAGUUCGAAAGCACCCCCGGAUGCAAGUAGAUAAAUAGGGACCGCUUACCAGCGGGAAGGUAAACGGCGUUUCCGUGUGCUGUGCCGGUUCGCCGGAGCAGCUUCGUCACGCUGGCCACGUGACCCAGAAGUGUCCGCGGAUAGCACUGGCUCCCAGCCUCUAGAGUGAGAUGAGCGCACAACCCUAGAGUCUGUCAAGACUGGCCCGUACGGGCAGGGGUACCUUUACCUUUACCUUUAAACGCCCUAAAUGGGGUGGCGAAGUGGUCUAAACCACAGAGCCUAGGACUUGCCGAUCAGAAGGUCGGUAGUUCAAAUCCCCGCAACGGGGUGAGCUCCCGUUGCUCGGUCCCUGCUCCUGCCAACCUAGCAGUUCGAAAGCAUGUCAAAGUGCAAGUAGAUAAAUAGGUACCACUCCUGCGGGAAGGUAAACGGCAUUUCCGUGAGCUGCUCUGGUUCGCCAGAAGCGGCUUAGUCAUGCUGGCCACAUGACCCGGAAGCUGUACGCCGGCUCCCUCGGCCAAUAAAGCAAGAUGAGCGCCGCAACCCCAGAGUCGCCAUGACUGGACCUAACGGUCAGGGGUCCCUUCACCUAAACACCCUCAUCACCCUUAACAACUAAAUACAGCUCCCAGAAUUCUUUUGGGGAAGCCAGGAUUGUGUCAAGUUCUAAUGCCUUAAAUGUGGAUGCAGCCUUAGCCCAACGCAUCAGGAGGGCACCAGCGCGGCAAAAAGGGCAUUGCAGGCAUUUAAAGAUGAGUGGGACGCUCUGCGUCAAGAGGGACAAAAUCUGCCUUGGUGGGGGAUUUCCAGUUCCGUAAGUGAGUAGCUUGUAAACAAGAGCGGCUGCCGCCUGUUCCGCCUUCCUGUCUCGCUGCCUCCACCUCCCAGCUUAUCCGUUUGUCUGUCUGUUCUAGACUGUCUGUGUUUCACUUCCUUCUGGUAGUGCUGAGCAAGGGGCAGGCGGUAACCGGGCAGUACCGUUUCCUGGCCAGGAACGGCGGCUACCUGUGGACCCAGACUCAAGCCACGGUCAUCUCCAGCAGCAAAAACUCCCAGCCCGAGAGCAUCGUCUGUGUCCACUUCAUCUUGAGGUCAGAAUCCGGGAAGGGGUGGUGUGUCUCUUAAGUGUCCAUCCCCUGCCCCCCGAUGAAUGAACAAUCCUGGACUGGGAGGCUUGUAGGAACAGCGAAUAUUAUAUAGAGAUGCCCUGGGGGUUUUUUGUUUAGUUUGUUGGCGCGGUGGUGAAAAGAGCGACUUAAAUUUUCUUGCAAUCAAAUGACUAUGGUCUUGUCAUUACGUUCUCUAAAUUGACAACAUUCCCACUGUGGAGUCCUUUACCACUUACAUUUCCUUUCCCCGAGAGUGUUUUUUAAUUAGAUUUAAGUGUAGAGAAAUGCAGAAGGAAAACAAAGGAACCAAAAAUGUAAAUUGUCACAGUCUUGGAGAACAGAACUAUAAUACAGCUCAGAAGGAACAGUGAACUGUCAUCUAGCACUCGGGCUUUCCUCAGAGAUUUACCAUAUAGAGCAGGCAUAGGCAAACUCCGACCCUCCAGAUGUUUGGGACUACAAUUCCCAUCAUCCCUGAUGGUUGGUCCUGUUAGCUAGGGGUGAUGGGAAUUGUAGUCCCAAACAUCUGGAGGGUCGGAGUUUUCCUAUGCCUGAUAUAAAGCAUAUGAACAAAAGAAAGCACACAACCCCGUGCGACUUUCAGAUUUUUACCAUUUUUGGAACUGAUCUUGUGGCAAAGCUUCCGAGAAACGUGAAACCUCAGGUUUGGGGGAUUGUGCUGUUUUUAAGUUACUCAGUGGCAAGUGUUAUGUUUCUUCGGAGGAAAGAAAGCCAGGGGCUUAUCAUUAGCUACCAGCCACAAGGAAUCCCCCUUGUUCCUAAUUUGGUUUUGGGGAAGUAGCCUGGAGAUCUUGUCAACAACACUGGACAGGGAAAUUUUGUAUUUUCAGUUUGAACAGUAGUGUUGGGCAACACGGAGUUGAGUUUUUAAGUACAGUCGUACCUCAGAAGUCGGACGUAAUCCGUCCCGGAAGUCCGUCCGGCUUCCAAAACGUUCGAAAACCAAAUCACGGCUUCUGAUUGGACGCUCAGGUUCCAAAAGAACGUUUGCAAAACUGAAACAAUCACUUCCGGGUUUUCUGCGUUUGGGAGCCUGUGCACAUUCUGUCUCUGGCCACUUUUGGAAACAGGGAGAGUGGACUAGGUGGAUCCAGAAGCGCUCAUCUUGUGUUCAGAUGUCAAAGAGAAAAACAACUACCAUACUUUCAGAAGACCUCUGAAGGCAGUCUUGUUUAGGGAAGUUUUUAAUGUUUAAUGGAUUAUUGUAUUUUAAUAUUCUGUUGAAAGCCGCCCAGAGUGGCUGGGGAAAGCCAGCCAGAUGGGCGAGGUAUGUAUAAAUAAAUAAAUAAAGUAAGUAAGUAAGUAAGUAAGUAACUGUAUCUGGCUAGUUAAUACAGGCAACUCCCCAUUUACACACAUUCAAGGCACAUGUGAACAUGUAUGCGUGCAUUACCACAAACCCGGAAGUGGCACGAAAAGAGGCAAGAAUGGCCCUAAAACAGGAAAAAAAUGUGAGAAAACAAUCCCACAAGCCUUUGCAAGUGCAAUCCCAGGACCCCUUGCACUGACUUUGAGACCUGUGGAGAGUUGGAUUUUGAGCGAGGAAGUUCGGAGGGCGCGAUUGUGCUGAAGUUCAGUGGAUUUUUGCUAUUUUUGAAAGGGUUUUCCAAGAGUUUCCAGAGGUGUAGCUUGCUGACUUUUUCUGUGUCGUUCCCAGUGUGCGCGAUUUCACUUAAAUGCACGGUGCUUCAGAACGUAAACCCCACGUAAGUGGGGAGUUACCUGUAGUUUAACAUGACAGCCUCAAAAUUGCUAAUCAAAACUCCCCAACACACGUCAUAGCUGUGUCCUCAUCGCCGGAUAGCUCUGGGAGCUCUUAUUCAGCAAAAGCAGAGGUUUGGAGCUUUCUCAGUCGUUGAUUUGAUGCCGACUGCAUUCCCUUUUUUUAUUCUUCCGCCUGGGAGUAGAAUUAAUCUGCACCCUCUGCCACUUUAUGCAUCAGAGGCCUUCUCAAGGCAAGGAGACAAAGAGAUAGGCACCCACCUUGCUUGGUAGCAAGUCAUGCUUCUGCCUUAUUUUAUUUUAUUCUAAAUGAAUAUGAAUAUGAUGAAGAGAGCACAGCAGAGGUUAUAUUUUCUGAGAAUCCUCUGGAAAAAUAAUCUCUCAAAGGACCUGUUGAUGGCAUUUUACCAUUGUACUGUGGAGAGUGUAUUAACUUAUGGUCUCUGUGUGUGGUUUGGGAGCUGCACGGUCAGGGAAAAAAUAAUGCUGUCCAGGGUUGUAAAGACUGCGGAGAGAAUAAUUGGGUGCACUCUUCCCACCUUGGAUCAAAUCUAUGCUUCCAGGUGUCAUAAGAAAGCUGCAGAGAUAGCGCAGGAUAGUGCGCACCCCGGAAAUGAUCUCUUUCAGCUUCUGCCUUCUGGAAGAAGGUACAGGGUUAUAAAGACUAGGACUAGCCGCCUGAGAACCAGUUUCUAUCCAAAUGCCAUUUUGGUUUUAAACGCAGUGUAAAGUAGUCUCUGUGGGAGUAUAUUAUAUUUAAUUAUGGGGUAUCAGAGUUUUUAGGGGCUAACCAAGCUGGGAUAGCAGGCUUGUUGGUUUUUGAAUGUCUGAUGUAGAUUUUUUCAAUUUCGUUGUUCUAUAUGGGACAAUGACAAUAAAGAUUAUCGUAUCGUAAAUAUUGUGUUUGUGUGCGCGCGCACAGAGAAAGAGGGAGAGAGAGAGAAAAGGAAAAAAACAGAUGUAAAAUAUUGGCAACCACACCCUCCCUGCCCACUCAGGUGUCUGUGGCUGCCAGUUGCAUUGGCCCUGCCGUGCUCGGUUGACAUAAGGUUACUAGAUUUUUUGCAAUGAAUCUGGGGACACUUUCCAGCCUCAAUGGAUUUUGUAUGGGGACUGACUUGUAAAUCCGGGGACUGUCCCCGGGAAACGGGGACAUCUGGUAUCCUUAGGUUCACAACCUCCUUGCCUCGACACCCUUUUUACAGCCAGGUGGAAGAGAUGGGCCUUGUGCUGUCCUUGGAGCAGACCGAGCGGCAGGGGGAGCACCGCCGGCUGCCCCCGCCCUCCCUCGAGGGGAUGGACUCCGACGGGGCCCUUGACGACCUGGACGCCAACGGGGGAGACACCAUCAUCAACCUCAGCUUUGGUAUGGAGCGGCGGGAGUCAUGGGCGGGAGGUUUUCUGCGGGGCAGGGAGUUCAGGAAACAAGCCGGACUCUCGCCUGUGAUGCCGUCGCUCCCUCUUUCCUCUCCCCAGAGCUGCGCGGCCCCAAAGUCUUGGCCUUCCUGCGCCCCACCAACAUCAGCGAAGAGGAGCUGCAGCUGGACCCCAAGCGCUUCUGCAGCCCCGACCUCCAGAAGCUGCUGGGCCCCAUCUUCGACCCCCCUGGGGCCCAGAGCCAAGCGCCAGGGACCCUGCGGGCAAGGCCUCCGGCCGCACCGCCCAAGCCUGCUCCGGUUGCCAAGAACACUUCUGGAGGCAGGAGCCCAGUGAACCCGGUAAGGAGGUUGUGGACUUUGGGAAGGGAGUCCUUCUCCAUGUGGGAUGAGUUUAGGGUGCAGGCAGAUGGCCUGCCUGGGGGAUUUGGUGCCUCGGAGGUUGUGUUGCAGAGACAGGGUCACCUGCAAGGAGGGGGAGAAGAGGAGGGUUAUUUGGUGGAGGAAUGUAGAUGUAAAGGUAAAGGGACCCCUGACCAUUAGGUCCAGUCGUGGCCGACUCUGGGGUUGCGGCACUCAUCUUGCUUUACUGGCCGAGGGAGCCGGCGUACAGCUUCCGGGUCAUGUGUCCAGCAUGACUAAGCCGCUUCUGGCGAACCAGAGCAGCUCACGGAAACGCUGUUUACCUUCCCACCGGAGCGGUACCUAUUUAUCUAUUUGCACUUUGAUGUGCUUUCAAACUGCUAGGUUGGCAGGAGCAGGGACCCAGGAAUGGGAGCUCACCCCGUGGCGGGGAUUCAAACCGCCAACCUUCUGAUCAGCAAGCCCUAGGCUCUGUGGUUUAACGCACAGUGCCACCCACGUCCCUAAUGGGGAUGUAUCACUGUGCAAAUGACAAGGGUGACCUGGCCUGUGCAUUUAAGAAUGGGCCUGGACCUGUCAGGCUUCAGGGAAUUGGAGCCCCCUCCCUCACAGCAUGCUCCCAGUAAUGGAAAGACGAGAAGCUCUUAGCAGUGCCUUUUAUUCAAUAUUCACAGAGAGAGGCGUAGAAAUGCUGCCUCUUGGAGUAAUGGCGUUGCUCCAAAUAAUCUCCGCCCUUCCCGUCUCAGUCAUCAACAGCACCACCCCUCUUACGGUGGCUGCUUAGGGUCAAUUGUCUCUUCGCCCUCUGCUCCCCUACUUUCACUGCUCGCCGGUUUCUGGGAGAAGCUGGGUCUGGGAUGCUCUCUAGUGGUCAGCCAGCUGUUGCUGCUCUGCUUCUCCUGUUAUUUCCCAGCUUUGCCCCUCUUCCCUCUCUGAGCUGUGACCCUCUGCAAACCACCGUUGUAAAUCUAUACUGUCCUCCUCUUCUUGGGAAGGUACAGGAGAAGAGGGAGGUGGUCGCCACCAUUCAUCCUCCGUCCGGUCCCUGGCAGGAUCAGACCAAAAGCCCUUUUAGACCAGCAUCCUGUUCUUGCAGUGGCCAACCAGGUCCCACAGUGCGUUCCUAACCUUGUGAUCAGGUUUCCAGAGUCCCUAAGAUGGUUGGAGGGUGCCUUGUACGCCUCCUUCCAGAAACUCCUGCAGCCAAGCUGGUGCCAAAUGCCUUGCUCCACAUUCCUUUGGACCAGCCUUUUUCAACAGCUCUGGCCUUGCUAGUUAUGGGUGAUGGGAGUUGUAAUUCAACAACAUCUGGGGACCCACAGCUUGAGAACUGCUGCUUUGGACCAACCCAGCGAGGCCGAGAGGAGGGUCUUGUCAUCUGGGCAGUCCAGGAUCUCCAGACAGCCUGCCCAGGUUUCCCGGGGAGGUCACUUUAACCCUGUGCUUUGACUUCAUCCCCCGAGGAACACUGCAUUCUGUGUCUCAAGACAGAUGGGAUGACAACAGAUCAGGUUUCCCUAUAAGAAAUGAGACUCUACUCUGCUUGAGAUCCAUGCUUGUCGAAGGCUUGAUCCUAGAAACAUUGGCAAAACGAGAGCAUCUUCACCCAUGUUUUGCUUUUGUUUCCCCCUCUAGGUCGAGCUGCCAGAAGAGCUGCUUUUUGACAUGGAGAACGUGCAGAAGCUCUUCGCUUCCAGCAAGGAGACUCAGUCAAUGGAGACGGCCCUGCAGGUAUCAUUGGGCAGGGAAGGCUCUCUGCUUCAGGGGCUCCCAACCUCGGACGGAGAGGGCUCAGCUCCAUUGCGUGGCGAGUUCCCACCCCCCGUGGAAAUAAUGACACAUGGCACAAUUAUUAAGGUUAAUGGGCUAAAUAAGGCCACAGCUUUAUUGGUUACAGGUGAUAAGCGGUAUUGGCUUAGGCAUUGGUCCUAACCGACUACAUCCGACUUCAGCCCAUCCGCUUGAAGUCUGGGAAGGGUUAAUCACCAGUAGGGGGAGUCCUGCUGAUGCACAUCAACUAGGAACUUCCCCGGGGUCACCGAUAGGGGGCGUGCCUUAGGCCCUCACCUCCCCAGGCUUCGGACAGGGCCAGGCCCCCCGGAAUCCUUUACUGGACUAUCCUUCAAUAUGCGGGGCAGGUGAUGGCGCCACCUCCCCUCUUCCGUCUACAGAACAAUACCAAUGCCUAACCGCCAGUACCAAGAAAGUUGUGGCGAUUUGCUACGGGUAGGCGAAAACCAAGUGGCUGGUGCCAAUUUGCCAAGUGGAAAAAUUCCUACCAGGCCCCUCAAUGGCAACCAACCGAGUACUCGGGUCCAUUCCCAUGUGUGUUCAUUCAGUUUGGUACUGAACUCACUGACCUUCAAAUGCCAGCGUCCAUUUUGUUUUUACAAGCCAAGUUUCUAGCCCUUAAAGUUAUUGAAAUGUCACAAGCCAGAGUGGGAGCCUUACGUCAUCAGGGAGGGAGCGGGCUUCCAGUAGCCAACACAAUAAAGCAGUUGCUGCGAAGCAACAAGAAGAAAAAGCCACAUGUACACAGUUAGCGGAAGUCACAUUCAAGGUACACAGGGUCCCGAGUGGCACAUGCUUCAAGUACCAUAUUUUUCGCUCUAUAGGAUGCACUUUUCCCCCUCCAAAAGUUAAGGGGAAAUGUGUGUGCGUCCUAUGAGCGAAUGCAGGCUGCGCGGCUAAGCCCAAAGCCAGAACAGGGAGACGGAGCGCUGCGGAGCCUUUGGAGCGCAGCACAAGUUCCCGCUGUGCUCCAAAGGCUUCAGGCUUCAGGGACAGCCUUUGGAGUUGUAGAGGCUCCAAAGGCUGUCCCCGAAGCCAGAACAGCUGCAGAGCGCUCCGUCUUGCUGUUCUAGCUUGGGGAUGGCUGCGCAAAGCCUCCGCAGGGUGCCUGCACCCCGCUGCCCUGUGGAGGCUCCAAAGGCUGUCCCUGAAGCCUUUGGAGUGCAGCGGGAACUUGCGCUGCGCUCCAAAGGCUUCAGGGGUCUUUGAGGCUGGCGGUGGGGGAAAGCAGCGCUUCCCCCCACCGCCAGCCCCACAAGCUCAGGGGGCAACGGGAAGGCGGCAUACCGCCUUUGCACUGCUCCCCGACCUGGUCUUUGAGGCUGGCAGUGGGCUUUGGGUUGCCUUCACUGAAGCCUGGAGAGCGAGAGGGGUCAGUGCGCACUGACCCCUCUCGCUCUCCAGGCUUCCAAGGUAGCCGCCUGAAGCCUCCAGAGCGCAGUGGGAACUCCCACUGCACUCCGGAGGCUUUGGGUGAAUGCACCUUGAACGCGCCUUGUUUUAGAGGAGGAGAACAAGAAAAAAAUUUUUUUUUCCUGUUCUCCCCCUACUAUGGUCCGGUGCGUCCUAUAGAGCGAAAAAUACUGUCUUUCAGGAUUGGUUCAAUGCCAACAGCAUGUGCGCCGAACAUAGAAAUGGCUUUGUUUAUGCCCAGGUGACUUAAAUUAUGACUUAGAUGGGUGCCAGUGAUAUUGGGCUGCAGCUCUCAUCAUUCCUGGCUGCUCGCUAUGCUGGUGGGAGCUGGCGCCUCGUACUUGUUCUGUGCCCCUCCCCUCUCCUUCCUUCGUGAGCGAGAGAAGGGUUGUGAAAACUUCCGGUUCUACUUCUGACGAAAACCGCAGCUUUCUGCUAUGUAUGAACUCGGGGAACUGUGAUUUAGUGGGAGGAAACAAACCCAAGAUAUCAUCUUACGGUUUGAUUACCCUGGUUUGUUUUCACUAACUCGAAUUAGCAUGAAUAAAGAUACAAAAAAAUACAAGAUACAGAAAAAAGAAUAACAAAACCCUUAUUAAGAUAUAACAAAGAAAUGAAAAAUAAAAAGAAACAUACAAAAUAAAAACAGUUAAAAACACAUUAAUUUUCCAUAGCAUAUCUUCCAUACACUUAUUUCCCCGGACCUCCUCGUACCUCCCUUUUUUGUAUUCCAGUUCAGUUUGUUAGUUCAGCAAAUCCUUACCAUUAAGCUUUUACCCAUUUGUGAACCUUUUUUCGUAUCUCUUAAAGCAUUACAGCUGGAAACCACUUAGUUUCUAUCCAACAUCCUUCUAAAAUUCAUUAAUUUUACAAUAUUUCUGUAAAUAGUCUUUAAAUUUCUUCCAGUCUUCUUUCACCGACUCUUCUCCCUGGUCUCGGAUUCUGCCAGUCAUUUCUGCCACCUAAACAAUUAUUUUAAAAAAACACCAACAUGUGUUUUAUUUUAUUUUUUAGAGUAUUUGUUCUCCCUGCUCCCCUAAAUUCUAUAGUACCUGUCAAUUUAGGAAUGUUUUGUUUUCUUUUAAAAAAUGGAAUCUAUGAGGCCGGCACCAUCAUUUGGCAUCCUUGACAAGCUGAUGAAGUCACUGGCCCCCACUGAUGCUUGUCCUGAGUCUACUAUUGCUAUUAUUUUAUUAUUUGGUGUCAUGAGCAGCAAUGGACAGCCUUGGUCUAGCCGCCAUUAAACUUCCCUUGGCAUAGCUGUGUCUGCCUAUCGCCAAGUAAGCCUGACACUUGUCUGGCGGCGAAGCUGGGAGCUCAUCAAAGGACAUAUUGCCUCUUGAGAAUGUGAAUUUCCGCAAGCCUCUCCCGAGCUUUUCCCCCCGCAAAUGUUCCCAUUGUCGCUGACAGCUCUCUGCCGCCCCCUGCAGGACUAUGAAGGCCUGGACCUGGAGAUGCUGGCCCCGUACAUCUCGAUGGACGACGAUUUCCAGCUCAGCAGCACUGACCACCCGCCCUGGCUGGCUGAGAAACGGGGCGGCGUCCUGGGGCCGGGGACCCGGCCAACCUCGCCGCCCCCGCGGCCUCGCUCCAGAAGCUUCCACGGAGUCUCCCCCCGCCCACCCGAGCAGACCACUCUCCCCCGCUGGGGCAGCGACACCAGUCUGAGCCACCCCCGCCCUGCCCAGCCCCCAGGGAGCCCCCCAUGCGGGGCGGAGCAAGUGGUGGAGAUGGUGGCGUCCGUCAAGAUCCAGGCUGUGCAGGACGGGAGCGGUCAAAAUGGCCAGGCGGCCUCCGUGGGUGGGAGGAAGAGGUAAGGCAGGGGUCAGCAAACAUUUUCAGCAGGGGACCAGUCCACUGUCCCUCAGACCUUGUGGGGGGCCGGACUAUAUUUGGGGGGGUAUGAAUGAAUUGCUAUGCCCCACAAAUAACCCAGAGAUGCAUUUUCAAUAAAAGCGCACAUUCUACUCAUGUAAAAACAGCACGCAGGCCCCACAAAUAACCCAGAGAUGCAUUUUAAAUAAAAGGACACAUUCUACUCAUGCAAAAAACACCAGGCAGGCCCCACAAAUAACCCAGAAAUUCAUUUUAAAUAAAAGGACACAUUCUACUCAUGUAAAAACACGCUGAUUCCCGGACCAUCCGUGGGCCGGAUUGAGAAGGCGAUUGGGCCACAUCUGACCCACGGGCCUUAGUUUGCCGACCCAUGAAGUAAGGGGAGGGUUGGCUUUUAUAUAGCAGUUUUUAAAUAAAAAGUGACAUGCCCCUCCAGGGCGGCUUGCAAGUGAAAUGGUAAAUUGGAAGCAGAAAUAAUAAAGCCAACACCCUUACUCCACUCUCAGAACUAGAGUUCACUGUGAAGAGAGGUUGAGCGCUAAAACCACUUUGACAACUUUCCGCAUUCGCCCCCUUUUUUUAAAAAAACACCAACACAUCUUUUUUAUUUUAUCUUCAUUUAUGAAAAGAUUGGGGGGGGGGAGAGACAGAAAAAAGUGAGAAUGAAAGAAAAAAGACAUUACCAUGCGUGAAUAUACAGAUGUGUAUAUUCGUAUCAUUCUAAUACACACAUAAUUGUCAGUAACCUAAUAUAUUCUGCGUAAACUCAAUCCAAAUGGGAGUUCCCACAUCCUUAACAAACUACAGCUCCCAGAAUUCUUUGGGGGAAAGCCAUGCCUGUUUAGGAGUGGUGUCAUCGUGCUGUAAAUGUAGCCUCAGUUUCUGGUAGUGUUUUAGCAUUAAUAUUUAACUGACCACCUCAUUUUUACAUAAUUAAAAAAUUAAGUAAAAAAGGGGGGGGGAGGAUGUUGGAUUAUAGUUUUAAAGUCCUGUUCUUUGUGCCUGCGCUACAUCCUAUUUUUAUCUGUGAGCCACUUUGAGUUCUCCCAGGGGAAAGGGUGGGGUAAAGGUAAAGGGACCCCUGACCAUUUAAGUCCAGUCGUGGCCGACUCUGGGGGUUGCAGCGCUCAUCUCUCUUUAUUGACUGAGGGAGCCGGCGUACAGCUUCCAGGUCAUGUGGCCAGCAUGACUAAGCCGCUUCUGGCGAACCAGAGCAGCGCACGGAAAUGCCGUUUACCUUCCCACCAGAGCGGUACCUAUUUAUCUACUUGCACUGGUGUGCUUUCGAACUGCUAGGUUGGCAGGAGCAGGGACCGAGCAACGGGAGCUCACCCCGUUGCGGGGAUUUGAACCGCCGACCUUCUGAUCAGCAAGCCCUAGGCUCUGUGGUUUAACUCACAGCGCCACCCACGUCCCAUAAAAAAAGGUGGGGUAUGAAUGAAUAAAUAAAUAAAUACAUAGGUAACUUUGUCUGGGCAUAAUCUCAUAUCGUCUUCUUUCUCCCACCUCCUUCCGCCGUUCACCCAACAGGGCCCGGGAGCUGAGUGUGGAGGAAGAGAGAGAUGUCUUCCUGGAGGCAGGGCUCCCUAAGCGCACCCGUGGCCUGGAGCCUGAUGGCUUCCUGAUGCCCUCUCUUAGCCUGGUAGGUGCUGAAAUUACCCAUCCAUAGGAGGGAGGGAAGCCUCUUCCAACCCAUUUCCGCCAAAGCUCCCUCCUGCCCAGAUCACAGGAGGCUCCCUUGCGAGGAACCUCUUUCGUUUCUGUGGCUGGGUGGCAGGACGUCUGCUUGGCAUGUAGAAGGUCCUCCGUUCAACCCCCGGCCUCUCAAGGUGGAACCGGGAGAGAUCCACUGCCUGAAACCCUGGAAGAGUCACUUUUGACGUUGUCCGUUAGGUGUGUAAAGGUAAAGGGACCCCUGACCAUAAGGUCCAGUUGUGGCCGACUCUGGGGUUACGGCGCUCAUCUCGCUUUAUUGGCCGAGGGAGCCGGUGUACAGCUUCCGGGUCAUGUGGCCAGCAUGACUAAGCCGCUUCUGGCGAACCGGAGCAGCGCAAGGAAACGCCAUUUACCUUCCCGCCGGAGCGGUACCUAUUUAUCUACUUGCACUUUGACGUGCUUUCGAACUGCUAGGUUGGCAGGAGCAGGGACCGAGCAACGGGAGCUCACCCCGUCAUGGGGAUUCGAACCACCGACCUUCUGAUCAGCAAGUGCUAGGCUUUGUGGUUUAACCCACAGCGCCACCCGCGCCCCCUCCAUUAGGUGUUACAGCAGGGUUAAAUCCUGUGUUGGCUGCGGGCCUCUGGUCCCAGCAGUGAACGGCAGCGCGCAAUCAGACCGAGAAGGAUUUGACCCUCGUUUAUCAGCUGCAUAGGAUCCCCUGUUAAGUAGAUGGGGUUGGGAACAUACAGUGGUACCUCGGGUUAAGUAGUUAAUUCGUUCCGGAGGUCCGUUCUUAACCUGAAACUGUUCUUAACCUGAAGCACCACUUUAGCUAACGGGGCCUCCUGCUGCCGCCGCGCUGCCAGAGCACGAUUUCUGUUCUUAACCUGAAGCACUAUUUCUGGGCUAGCGGAGUCUGUAACCUGAAGCGUAACCAGGUCCCACUGUACUCCCUUUGUGCAUGCAAUUCUGAGACACACUCCUCUCAAAAUCAGGGUUGCAUCAGAACCUCCAGCUAAAACAGAGGAUUUUUACACCACUGUUUCAGCAAGGGGAUCCAUGGACCCCUCUGCGAAAGUUGGGGGAGGAACCGUUCCCUUUCAAGGUGCUUUGAAGACCCAGUUCUGGGAUUUCAAAGCACUUUUUACACGAUGCCACGGUAACACCAUGUGGUCGGCAGGCGGACCUCCCGCCCACCUGCCGACCCAGAUGGACCAGUGGCCUGGCUUGACCCAAGCUUCCUGUGCCCCCCUCCCCCAGGGUUUCCUGCUGAGUGUGGAAGAAUGUUUGGAUGCCAGGUCCGAGAGGGGUUUCGGGGGCACCGUGUCCCUGGGCAAGAAGCUUCUGUCGCUGGAGGAGCCCAUGGGUGAGUAUUGUGCAGUUCUGAUGGGGUGAAGCAAUAAAAUAUUUGAGGGGGGCCGGGCUCUCCCACAGUUGACGGGCACUGCCAUUCAAAUGAUGUGUGCACACCACGUAUUGCAGUCGAUUAUGUGGGUGGCGCUUACUUGGGCCCCCCAAUAUGUAUGUCCCACGGAGGACCUUACGGUCUUCAAAUAAAAACAUCCUGAAGGUCCCAGGCCACAGGGAGGUUAGGCUGGCCUCAACCAGAGCCAGGGCUUUUUCGGCCGUGGCCCCGAUCUGGUGGAACGCUCUGUCACAAGAGACUAGGGCCCUGCGGGACUUGACAUCUUUCCGCAGGGCCUGCAAGACAGAGCGGUUCCACCAGGCCUUUGGCCAAGGCACAGUCUGACGCCCUCCUUUGGCAAUCUUCACAGAACUUUAGCCUAACAGUUGCCAUCAAUCUGAGUUGAAUUAAUUUUAUAAUGAAAUGAUUUUAGAAUGUUGUACUAUUUUAUUGUUGUUAGCCGCCCUGAGCCCGGCUUCGGCUGGGGAGGGCGGGAUAUAAAUAAAAUUUAUUACUAUUAUUAUUAUUAUUAUUAUUAUUAUUAUUAUUAUUAUUUCAUUCAAGUCAGCACCCCAAUACCUUCUGAAGACCCCAUCUUUUAAAAAAAAACAGCAAUGGGUUGUAUCAUCGCUAGGAUUUCCGCUCGCACAGCGUGACUUUAUCUCUUCUCCUCCCCUUUCAUGCCCCCCUAAAUCUGUUCUUGGGGUUCCUAUAACCCUCCAGAGCAGAUUUGGGAAGGGGAGGAGGGAGGAGAGUUUGGUGAGCGGAUACCCUUGCGCUGAGGGGGGGCGCGUGGACCCGGGUGUCUCCCAGACGGACAAAAACCGCCCUCCUCUCUCCUGACUCCUGGCCUUUUCUCUCUCCCUGCCUGGGUCUCCCUCCUUUCUCUCCAGGCCUCCUGGGGGACAUGCUGCCAUUUGUGGUGGACGGACCAGCCCUCUCUCAGCUGGCCCUGUUUGACGGCGAGGACGAGGCCUCCGUACAGAGUGGGCAGCAUUUCCAGCUGGGGGAGGAGCUCCUGGUGGAACUGGACCAGGCCACCUGA